UUGCAACUAAAAGGAAAAGUCGGCACCUUUGACAUCUCUUGGUAAAUUGAAGGAUCUGACCACGCCGACAUCACGUUCCCGCAGGAAAACAAUUGGCUGGUGCUGAGUACUGGCCGCUCCGUGUGCGCUAGGAAGAAAAAGUGGGCUAAGGGUACAGGGAGUGAUGGGGGAGAGGCGCUCCCUUAGGUCAAGGGACUGCCUCUCUGAGGAGGUGACAUCUUGGCAGUGAUGUGAAGGAGGUGAAGGAGUGAGCUGUGUGGCAACCUCUGGGGCAGAGGGGCAACAGCCGAUGCAAAGGCCCAGGAUCAGAGGGAGCCUGACAGAUUUGAGGGCAGCAAGAAGGCCAGUGGGGCUGGAAUUGAGAAAGGAAAGGGAAGGAGGUGGGAGUUCAAGCCCUUAUUCAAGUCCACGCGGAGCCUUCCCACCAUGGAGACCUCAGCCCAGGUCGCCCCUCAGACCUACGCCGAGUAUGCCAUCUCGGAACCUCCAGGAGGGGCUGGGGCUCCACACCCCACGGGGCCAGAACCCCUGGCAGGAGAGACCCCCAACCAGGCCCCCAAACCGGGGACAAAAUCCAGCAGCAUCAUUGUGAGCCCCCGGCAGAGGGGCAACCCCGUGCUGAAGUUUGUGCGUAAUGUGCCCUGGGAGUUUGGUGACGUGCUUCCCGACUAUGUGCUGGGCCAGAGCACCUGUGCCCUGUUCCUCAGGUCCCGGUGUCGCCCGCGCCCUCUGCAUUCCAGUGAGAGUAAAGAAGGGCUCCCAGGGUCUCGGGGAGAGCGAGACCUCCCAAUCCCUCCCUCUCCCCUGCCCCCCAGCCUCCGCUACCACAACCUCCACCCGGACUACAUCCACGGGCGGCUGCAGAGCCUGGGGAAGAGCUUCGCCCUGAGGGUCCUGCUCGUCCAGGUGGACGUGAAAGAUCCACAGCAGGCCCUCAAGGAGCUGGCUAAGAUGUGCAUCCUGGCUGACUGCACCCUGGUCCUUGCCUGGAGCCCUGAGGAGGCCGGGCGGUACCUGGAGACCUACAAGGCCUAUGAGCAGAAGCCGGCGGACCUCCUGAUGGAGAAGCUGGAACAGGACUUUGUCGCCCGGGUGACUGAAUGCCUGACCACCGUGAGGUCUGUCAAUAAAACCGACAGCCAGACCCUCCUAACUACUUUUGGGUCUCUGGAACAGCUCAUAGCUGCGUCCCGAGAAGAUCUGGCUUUGUGCCCGGGCCUGGGGCCCCAAAAGGCCCGGAGGCUGUUUGAUGUCCUACACGAGCCCUUCUUGAAAGUGCCCCGAUGACCCCAGCCGCCAGAGAGGCCCUCGUUGUAACAAUAAAGCAUUUUCCAGGCU